AUGGUGGCCCAGGUGACUGGAAGAGUUUUUCUUGGUGAUGAUACGUGCAGGGAUCCAAUUUGGCUGAAUAUGAAUAUCACCUAUACCGACCAAGUAGUCAAGACCGCAAAGAAAAUCCGCCUUUGGCCAAAGUUCCUGCUCCCAGUUGUUGGAAAGUUCUUGCCAGCAUCUCGCAGACUUCAGCGAACUUUGCAAGAAUGUGAAGAUUUCUUACAACCUCUGAUAUCGCAAAGGAAAACCUCUAAUGAGCCACGUCCGCAAUUGAAUGCGAUCGAUUGGUUUGAGGAACUUUCGAAAGGUCAAUCGUACAACCCUACGAUUUCCAUAUUGAAGAUAUCCCUUGUCAGCCUCGAUACCACGUCCGAGCUUCUUUUUCAUGUUAUUCGUGAAUUAUCAACGAAUGAAAGCCUUGUCAAUGAUCUACGAAGCGAGAUCCUGACUGUCUUCCCAGGUCGAGAAAUCGAUCUUGAUGAAGGUUUCAACCAGCAAGACUUGAAAAAGUUGAAACUCCUAGACAGUGCUAUCAAAGAAAGCCAGAGGCGAAGCCACAGAAUGAUAACUCUGAGACGGUUUGCUACGGAGGAUGUCACGCUAGAUGAUGGCACUCGCAUUCCAAAGGGCACCCAAGUUGCCGUGGCAGCCACCCAUGUACGAGACACGUCGGUAUAUGAAGAUGGCGACACUUUUAACGGCUACCGAUUCUUGAAUGCAGGAGCUCCAUUGGUUGUUCCGACUCCAAACCAUAUGGGAUUCGGUUAUGGGAAGCAGGCAUGCCCAGGGAGAUUUUUCGUCUCUGUUGAGAUGAAGAUAUUGCUAUGCAAGAUGCUUUUGAAUUAUGACUUUAGCAUGGAUGGUUUGGAUGAACCAAAAACUGUGAUCAGCGGGUACAAUAUCGUGCCAAAUCCGCAAGCAAAGAUAGCCAUAAGACAUCGCGCAAAGGCUACCUGUGUAACUUACCAAGAGAAUUAA